CCGUCUACGAGGCUGGACCAGCCGGUGAUCGGGGUGAGGUAGUUCUGGACGGGGAAGCCUCGCUCUAUUGCGAGGCUUUCCUGGCCAGUGAAGCCUCGUCCUCGGGCAUGGGCAAUCCGGCCGAGGAAGGUGGGCAGCCGACCGACGAGUCCGCCGUGGAGCCACCGGCCAUUGAGGAACCCGUUCUCGUGGAUCUACCCGUCUCCAUGGAGUUACCCGUCCCCCUGGAGCUACCCGCCCAUGUGGAGGUACCUUGCCCCGUGGCUCAACCCGCUUCCGUGGCCCAACCCGAUAUCGUGGCGCAACCUGCUCUCGUGGUUCAACCCGCUCCUGUGGCCCACCCCGUUCGUGUGACCCAACCCGCUCCCGUGGUUCAACCAGCUCCUGUGGCUCAAGGUGCCGUAGCGAAACAGGCUUUGGGGUUGAUUUACGAGGGUUUUCGGUUGCUCGGUCCUCUUUUGGGGCACUUGGGAAACCAAGGGCCUAGUCAGCAGGAUGUGCAACCGAAACAGAAAGUAAAGCGUCGAAGGAGCGACCUUAAUAAAAUGAAAACCAGAAAGUGUAAUAAGGUAAGUCCAUGUUUUAUGAAUGUUAAUUUAUUGUUAUUUAUUUUGGGUUAUUUUCUAGUGUCAACAGAAGGGGCACUACCAAAGGGACUGCCCAAUUUAAAUGAUCUUUUUCGUCUUUUGGAAUUGCGUCAGUCGUACGUGUGCAAGAUUGGAAAAAGCAGAAGGGACACACUGGCUGUUCGUGUUGGAGUGUCAGGAAUGGUACAGGAAUUAACUUUGGAGACGCAAGCUUUCAAUAAAGGAUACGGUUCUUUGGAUAUUCAGGGCUGUGUGCCAGAAGGUGGUUUUCAUAUAUUUCAACUGACCCAGGGUGUUACCUUUGUGAUUUUGUAUUUUAUUGAUCCCUUCUUGUUGACAGAACUAGAGUUGCCUUUGAAACAAAUCUGGUCACGGUGGCGGCAAGGUGGACCGAAAACCCGUGGUCGUUACUUCUCCGGUGGUUUCAAUCAGCGUUGGACCAGCAGUACGACUCAACAACUCCUUUACUGUGAAGUUUGCAAAAUUUCUUGUGCAAGUCCUUAGACUUACAAAGACCAUUUGGAUGGUCAAAAGCAGAAGAAAAAGGAGGCAGCCGUCCGUACUGGCUUCCCUAUGGUUCCCACUCCGAGGACUGGAGCUGGCUUGCACUGUGAACUUUGCAAUGUGGCGUGCACUUCUGCAGAUGCCUAUGCAGCGCACAUUCGUGGAACAAAACAUCAAAAGGUCGUUGAAUUACACACGAAACUAGGCAAACUAAUCCUUUCAGCAGAACCACAGUUGAUUCAUUUGAAAACGGGUGGCGCAACUGGAACCGCACCGGCUACACCAGUUACACCAGUUACUACAACUACUAUAGCUACUACAGCCACAAUGGUCACUGCUGUUGCUACUGAAACGGCACAAGCAGUGGUUGUACAGUGGGAGGAGGAAAAGGUGAUUCAACCCGUUGGCCAAGAUUACGUUGAAGAAUUACGUGGCGGUGAUGUCAAAAUUACCGGCUUUAAUUGUCGGUUCUAAGAUUGCCGCUUCUACGAUGUCAAUGCCAAAGAUAUGCAUCUGAAAGGCAGACGUCUUAGGAUAAUGUACAAGAAGAAAGUAGAUCUAAAUUUGGUGGUAGAAGCCAAAGUUUGGCCGGCCCUGCGUCAGAAAAAGAAGACCAUGCCCAGCUGGGAAGAAAGACGGAAACCUAAUGAAGGUGGCUGGUAAGGUAAUGAAAAUUACGAAGAAAUGCCACAAGGUUCUUCGUCAAUGGAAGAUGGAAACCAGCCACGUCCUCCAGCCUAUUGGUCUAGCCCAUCCCCUAUGCGUAAACCCGAAUCCAGUGACGAUCGCCAUGUCAUGGCGAAACAUUCAGAGAUCUACCCAUCGGAAGCCGAAUUAGAAGCCAUACAGACGCUCGUCUCGUCUGUUGAACGCUCAUUACAGUUAGUUUCUGAUCAGCUAACGCAUCAACCUGAAGACAAAACGAAAGUUUCGGAGUCGCAAUAAUCCAAUAACCUUGCUCAAUCGCCUGUUCCAGCCGUUGCUGCGCUCGCCGCUUCUCAGGCUGAUGUGCCGGUCUCUGUUCCUUCUGUCGCUCCAGCUACCACCCGGAUGUUGAAAGGCGUCAUGCGAGUGGGGUUGCUUGCCAAAGGAUUACUUUUAAAAGGCGAUCGAAAUGUUCAGUUGGUCGUCCUCUGCUCUCAGCCACCUACUUUUCAGUUGCUCGACAGAGUUGCUCAAGCUCUUCCAGUCCACCUCUCUGUUGUCGCACCAUCAAUCACGUUCAACGUCGAAACGCUUUCAAAUGAAGCAGUUGUCAUGGUAAAAUCGGUACAGGGUCAUGGCCUGGCGGGUGAUAUUUUGGUCAAGGUCUCGCUUACGUCCCUCGUUGUCAGGGAAGAGCAACUAGCCGCCGCCGCUGCUGCUGCUACCGUUGCUACCAAUGGAACGGCUUCUACUGGUUUGUGUUUUUAUUUUUUGAAAUGUCUUUAUUGUUUUGAAUGAGCUAAUGAAAAGGUAAAGUUUGUAGUGUAGUUUCGAAAUAAUUGUU